CCUUCCCCAGGAUCUACACUGCAAGGCAGUAAGGGCAGGGAAGGGAAGGCCCGAGAUUCCAUCAGGAGGCUUCUAGGGAGGGGCUAGAGACUAAAGACAGAGGUGGGGGGAGGGGAGCGAGUGGGAGGAACAAGGAUGUGAUCUGGGCCCUGGCGAGGGAUUAGCAGGGAGCGGGCUGCUGCCUAGAGACAGCUGUGGAAAGGUCCACAGUGAGGACCCUGCGUGGGCACCCCGAAAUCCCAUGGGAGCUGAGUCCUCAAGCGCCAGCCCCUGGUGCUUUCUGGACAAGGGCAGGUUUCAGUUCUCCGUGGCUGGAGUGGUCUGCGAGCACGCCCCGCACCUGGGGAGGCGUCUGCCUUUCAACCCCCUCCCUACUGCCUGAGCUCCGUGGGCACAGCUCUGUGCACCGCCCGCACGCCCACCUGAGCUCCGUGGGCACAGCUCCGUGCACCGCCCGCACGCCCCACCUGAGCUCCGUGGGCACAGCUCUGUGCACCGCCCGCACGCCCACCUGAGCUCCGUGGGCACAGCUCUGCGCACCGCCCGCACGCCCCACCUGAGCUCCGUGGGCACAGCUCUGCGCACCGCCCGCACGCCCCACCUGAGCUCCGUGGGCACAGCUCUGCGCACCGCCCGCACGCCCACCUGAGCUCCGUGGGCACAGCUCUGCGCACCGCCCGCACGCCCACCUGAGCUCCGUGGGCACAGCUCUGCGCACCGCCCGCACGCCCACCCCUGCUGACCGCUGAUAGCUCGGGCCCAGGGAGCCUCAGGGAAGCUGGUGGGGCCUGAAGCACAGGGCGGGAAGGGAGGACGCCGCCGCCAGCUCAACCCACCUGGAAGGCAGCUCCUGGCCCCGGGCCCUAGAGCCAGGCCCUCAUCCUUUCCUUUGAAUAGCAGUUGGAUGAAAGGUUUUGGCAAUGACUGGGGACAUCAGCCGGAAAUCCAGUCAGGACAACCCGGCUCAGACACGUGAUUGGAAAAAGGCUGGGCGGUAACGGGCUUAAAAGGAGCGGGACCUUCUGCUCCAGCCUGGAAGGGCUUCGGGGAGCAGGCCGCCCGCGCGGAGCGGCGCCCCUGCGGGUGGGGACCGUUUCUGGGCGACGAGGCCGGCCCUCCUGGUGGCGCAGUGGGAAGUCGUCUGGAACCGGUGAGCUAAGAAACUCGGUGUCUUGCGUCAGGCCUCCAGAAGGGGGUCGGCCGCCUUUCCUGCAGGAGCCAGCUGGCAGCCAUCUUAGGCAUGUGGGGCCAGGCGGGCUCGGCUGCGACUACGGAAGCCCCUUAUCCACGUUUUUGUUUCUCGUGGUUUCAGUGACCCGCGGUCCGAAAGUGUUACGUCGAAAAUUCCAGAAGCGAGCGUCCGUUCUAGGUGGCAAUUUCUAAAAAGACAGCUUUGGAGGUUGAAGGUACCACUGGCUUCAAGCAAAAAGUAAUUUGAAAAUGGCAGAUCUCUUCUCGUGUGAGGAAGAACAAGGACCACAACCGCUGAAGAAGAACGUAGAAUGUAAACAGAGGGACAAGGCUGAGGAAGAUGAUGAGCUGAUCUUUGUUGGGGUGGAGCAUGUAAAUAAAGACCCUGAAAUUCUCUUUGUCAGGAUGAUUUCAAAUUCAACACCCAUCAUUUCAAACAUUUUGAACAGAGUCACCCCGGGCUCAAAAAGAAAGAGAAGCCACCUCUGGCAAGAUCCUGCUCCAGGGUUGCAGCCCGCUCAUCACACGACCCCUACAGCACAAGCCACGGCGCCAAUAUCCCAGUCGGAAUGGACAUCAACAGGUGGUCCUGUUACUGUUGAGUCUUCAUCUAGCCCUGGCUGUGAAAUGAGCUCACCCCAAGUUCUUCCUGAGAAUUCCUCGGCUUUGCUCUCCCCAAGGACUCGGUGUCUAGAUGGAGCUGUGCUCUCUGUAGGAGGCAGAGAUGCGAGGCCUUGUGGUUCCAAACAACUUUCCACUUGGGAUAUAAACAGCAGGAAUCCCCAAAGGGCUAAACGCAGGGAUGGAAUCCCAGGGGGACAUUCUUUAGCUGUGGUCCCGUCAGGUCUCCCUCCCAUAAUGACAGGUCCACCCUCACAGGGUGCCUGCAACACGUCCAGCUGUGUUACAAAUGGAGCAUCAUUUCCUCGGGCUGAUGGUAGUGAAAAGUCACAUUUCAAUCUUAGGGAUGGAGCAAAUGGUCCUGAAACACUGGUAAUAACAGACUUUUCAACUUUAGCAACUCAAAACCAGACCUUUGACCCCGAGAAAGGAAAUCUGAUCAUGUUACUUUGUGACUUUUACUAUGGACAGCAUGAAGGAGAUGGGACGCCAGAGCAGAAGACUCACACAACCUUUAAAUGCCACAGCUGCUUGAAAGUUCUAAACAAUGUUAAGUUUAUGAAUCACAUGAGGCAUCAUUUGGAACUUGAGAAGCAGAGGAGCGACAGCUGGGAAAACCACACCACCUGCCAGCACUGCCACCGGCAGUUUCCCACUCCCUUCCAGAUGCAGUGUCAUAUUGACAGUGCGCACACUGCCCAGGAGCCCGCAGCUGUCUGUAAAAUCUGCGAGUUGUCAUUUGAAACAGAUCAGGUCCUCCUACAACACAUGAAGGACAAUCAUAAGCCUGGCGAAAUGCCCUACGUGUGCCAGAUUUGCAAUUACAGAUCGUCAGUCUUUGCUGAUGUGGAAACGCAUUUUAGAACGUGCCACGAAAACACCAAAACUUUGCUUUGUUUGUUUUGUCUCAAGAUUUUUAAAACUGCAACACAAUACAUAAAUCACUGUUGGAGGCACUGGAACAAAAGAGUCUUUCGAUGUUCCAAGUGCCGGCUGCAGUUUUUGACUUUGAAGGAGGAAAUCGAGCACAGAUCCAAGAAUCAUCAAACAUUUAAAAAGCCAGAGCAAAUGCAAGGGUUGCCUCCUGAAACAAACGUUAUUAUUAAAACAUCGGUUCAAUCAGGAUCAAGAGAUGUGGCUUCCAUUACUGUGAGCAACACUGACCUUGGCCUGUCACCUGUAAAAACUAUAAGGAUGGCUGUGAACACUAGAGAUUGCAGACUCUCUUGCAACAAGAGUUCUGGCUAAAAAUAUUUUCUGUCCACCUCCUGGAAUUCUGAAAGGCAGAAGUGAGGCUAGGCCAUUUGUACAUCUGUGGCUGCAGGUGCUAAAAAGCAACGUCAUCAACUGUCAGGUUUUAUUUACAGUGACAUCUCAUCAGUGCCCUACUCUCAACAAGUAGCUCAGACAUCUGCUUCAUGCUCCUUCCAGUCAAAGUCCUCCCCAUAAAGUAAUCAAUAUUCUGACCUCUACCAUCAGAGGUUAGUGUUUCCUGUUUUUGAACUUUAAAUAAAUGGAGUCACACAAUAGAUUCUUGCCUUUGGCUUGUUUCAAAUCAGGGAUAUGCAAGAUGCAUUCUUGCUGUGCGUAGCAGUAGCACAUUUUUUUUUUGUUUGUUUGUUUGUUUUUCAUUGCUGAGUAGAAUUCUAUUGAGUGAAUAUAGCAUAGUUUUAUAUAUCUGUUUGACUGUUGGUGGACUUUGAGGCAAAUUCUUUGCCUAUUUUGGAUAAAGCUGCUAUGUGCUUAUCCAUGUCUUUCAGUAGACAUGUAGUCAUUUCUCCUGGGUAUAUGUAGCUAUGAGAAGUGCUGGAACUGCAAGUGUUCAGCUUUUUAGUGGAGAUACUACCAAAUGCUUUUUCAAAGUGAUUGAAACAAUUUUUAUUCCCACCAUCAAUACUGGGAAGGCCACCCUGCUGA